AUGAGAAGACCUAAUUCCAUCCACCUGGUCCUUUUCAUGGCCUCGGCAGUCACCGCAGCCGAUUCUACAUGUGCUAUUGACUGCUUCCAAGGCCUCAUCACAAAUGGUCCUCCCGCUGGGUGUAAAGAGGCGACGAACUAUCUCUGCUUCUGCACAAUGCCUACCCUGCAAGACAAUUUUGUUCAAUGUGCCGACAAGACUUGCGCCGAUGACAAGGACGGGGCCAUGACGUGGGCAAAUGAGCUUUGCUUGAAACUUGGAAAGCCUAUUGAUCUCGGAGGCUCUGAGGGAUCCCCCAAGACUGAUGAGACGACGGCUGUCGAGGCCCCAACUACCAGCGCCAAUGGCGAGGUGAAGCCGACCACUGAGGCUGGAAAGACGACUGAUGAGGUGCCAACUACGACUACAGAUGUCAAGACAGAAUCCAAGAUUGCGGAGACGUCAAGCGACAAGACCUCCGAGGUAACUUCUGAGUCAUCAGCUGAUGAAACAACCGCAACCUCGAUCAAGACAACAGUCAGCAAACCGAAAGAAACAAACGACGCAUCGAGCAGUGCAGCUGAAGCGACGGCUGAUCAGACUAGCGAUGACUCUGUUGUCACGAUUACCGGAACUGCCGAUACCGCUACUACAACUCCGUCUCCGACCGACGGUUCCAACAUCGCCAACUCUGCAGGCCCCAACUUCUACGCUGCUGUUGGUGUUGCUGCCGCGUUUUGGCAGUUACUGUAA